AUGGCUAAACAUCUACGCAAAGAAUGUAGCACCUGUCCAAAAAAGGUGAUUGACCAAUUAAACUCCAUGUAUGCUACUAACACAAGAGAGGAACUAAAUCAAUCAUCUGACCAUGGAUCAACAGACAACUCUUUCGUGGUCGAAGAAGUUGAUGUGAAUAGUAGCAGUAUUCCUUCAACUCCUGAUGAUUCGACGGAGAAUCCAAAUCGUUCUGAUCAGAUCUCAAGUACGCCUAAAUCACCCAAGUUUUCGUCCAAUUCUAUGAGUGAAUUUUAUGAUUCUAUGACUGAAAAAGAAGAAAAGAAUCUCAAUAAUUUAUUGGCACUAGCUAUUUACUCAUCAGGUACGCCAUUCAGUAUAACUGAAAACACUUAUUGGCAAAAAUUUUUUAAUGCUAUUCGUCCAUCUUUUAAAUUGCCACCAAGACGUAAAAUUUCCAAUAUUUUACUUGAUUCUACUUAUGAAAAAGUUAAAGGUCAAGUUGAUGAAAAAAUAAUAUCUGCUCGAACUGUCGGUAUGCAAUGUGAUUCAUGGUCAAACAUACGAAAUGAGUGCAUUAUGAAUUUUAUUGUUACAACACCAACACCCGUAUUCUUUAAAACUUUGACUACAUCCAGCGCAUCUAAGUCAGCAAUUAAUUGUUCGAGGAAGAUGAUGGAAGUAAUUGAAGCAAUUGGUCCACAAAAAAUUAUGGGUAUUUGCACGGACAAUGAGCCAGUCAUGAGAUGCACUUGGGAAAUUUUAGAUGAGCAAUAUGAGGAACAGAGUAUUUCAUUUUACGGUUGUACUGCUCACAUUCUUAACUUAUUAGUCAAAGACAUAGCUAAUAUACCUUCGGUCAGCGAAUGCGUGCAGAAUUCAACUUCUAUUAUUACAGAAAUUAAAAAAAGUCAUGUUCUCAGCGCUCUCUUCGUCCAAGCUCAAAAUCAAAACUCGCUCAACGAGAAAUGUACUUUAAAACUACCAAUUAAAACUAGGUUCGGCUAUUUGCUUCACUGCUUGGAGCGUCUUUUGAAAAAUAAAAAUAAUUUAGAAUUAUUGGCUGUUAUGCCAGAUGCUCAAAAAUAUUUGAGCAUAGCGACGAGGAACAAUAUUCUUAAUAAUGAGUACUGGAUUCGAGUGACAAAAAUCAAUGAGUUAAUUAAACCUAUCGGGCAAUGCAUUUUUUAUUUAGAAGGAGAUGAUCCUAAAAUAAGUCAAGUAACUGAAGCGUUUGCUAACUUAUUGGAUCCCAACUAUAAAGGGGCUAACUUAACUAUUGACCAAGAAGCUGAAGGUUAUGAUUUAAUCUCAAAAGUAUCUAAAAAAUUAGAUCUCGAUUACAAUCGUGUUAUGGCUGAAUAUUCAGACUACGUACACAAUGAUGGCAUUUGGAGUAAAGAUCAUAUUAAACAAGCCAUUACAGAUUACCACCAACUUCAUCUGCUACAGAACGUUCUUUUAGUACACAUGGGUGGAUACAUUCUUCAAAAAGGAAUCGCUUGA